AUGCAGGGCAUUGGAUCAGCAAGAGUCAAGUCAAAGCCUACACUAGUGAAGCCAAGCACAAGCAAAAGCUUCGUAUCAAAACACACUGCAAUAGAAAUGACAACUGAUAGACCAGGACUCCUUUCUGAAAUCUCAGCUGUUCUUACUGAUCUUUAUUGUAAUAUCGUUGAGGCUCAUGCUUGGUGUCACAAUGCUCAAUUGGCUUCCGUUGUCCAUUUCUCCGAUCAAUCUUCUCUUUCUCCCAUCGACGAUCCCAAUCGAUUAGCCUCUAUUGAAGAACACCUUACAAUGGUACUCGGGGCAAAAUCAACCCUAGUUGAAAUAGACUUAAAACAACAAGAAUUAAAGACAUCAAAUGUUAUUGGUGAAGGAAUAAAAAUGAUCACCAAUGUUGAGAGGCGAUUGCACCAGCUUAUGCUGUCGAAUCGAGAUUUCGAUUCGCCAGCUUUCGAGCCCUCGACUUCUCCUAGAUCUCCACUCGAACAUCAGGGUGACGAGGAGGCCGGGAUGAAAGCAAUUAUAUACAUUGAAGGAUGCCAUGAAAAGGGCUACUCGAUUAUUAGUGUAGAGUGCAGGGACCGUGCUAGGGUCGUAUUCGACACUUCGUGUACACUCAUUGAUAUGGAAUAUGUGAUCUUUCAUGGUUACAUAAAUACUCGAGAUGGACAUGCCUUUCAGGUUUGGAAAUGUUUCUCUAUGAUCUAUCCUAUGUUGUCUUCAAUUCGCUAA